AUGCUGCGCGCGCCCCGCCCUCGCCCAUGUUUCUCCAACGCGCAGGUCUCGGCGUACUUCUUCACACCGUGCAGUGGUGAGUACGACGAGCCUGUGCCCGACUACUUCCGAUGCGGUACCCUACAGAAGCAGACGAGGCGCAACGGGUUUACCAACCUGAUGCAGCACGUCCGCCAAGAGCACCCGGGCUUCGAAGCCGAGAUGCGCUCUGCAACAACAGCUGAGACCGGCUCACUGAUCCACUACGCUCGCCGUACGUCGGUGAACCGCUUCGGCUGGCUGGAGUGGGUCGUCAAGGCUAACCUGCCCCUCGUCUUUUGCGAGAACCCUCUCGCACGAAGGUACACGAGUCUGGACCCGAUUUCGGUCGAGACCCUGAAGGCGCUCAUGGAGGCGGUCGCCCAGUCAGUGGGGCUGGACAUCGCGGCGGAGCUGCUGGAUCGUUUUUGGCUCAUGUUGGAUGGCUGGAGCUAUGCGUCGGUGUACUGUGUCGCAGUAUUCAUAUACUACGAGAUCAACGGUGUUGCUCAGUACGCUCUCCUGAGCAUGGCCCCAAUCAUCCAAGAGCCGGACGAUGACCUCUCGGCACGUACGCACCGAGAUUUCCUGGCUGGUCUGCUGGACGGGUUCGGCAAAACGCUGAGUGGCUGCGUUUUCUUGGUCGCAGACAACUGCUCCGUAAACAGGUGCCUUGCUGUCAUCAUGCAGGUCCCUCUGGUUGGCUGUGCGAGUCACAGGCUGAACCGGGCUGUGCAAUGCCACCUUGAGCAGUACGAGGACGACUUGGCGGUCGUGCAAGCGCUCAUGCUGACGCUUCGCACGCUGAAACAGUCAGCCAAACUUCGGUAA